AUGCAAUUCUCUUCCGCCGUCUUUGUUUCCGCCGCCGCCGCCGUUGUCUCCGCAUCUGCUAACCAGUCUACUGUCGCAAACAGUACCACCUUGGUCACCGUUACCUCCUGUGUGGACGAUGCUUGCGCCUCUAUGACCACCUACACCACCGUCGACUGCAACUCCACGCUUCCGGGCGUCUCUACCACUGCUGCUGCCGACGACAUCACCUACGUGGACCUCACCACCACACCACAAUCAACCACCUCGAUGGUCAAAACUGUGAAGUCGUCCUCAACUCCAUACCUCUACACGACCUUGUCGACCAAGAACUCUACCGAUGCUGCUGGCUCCUCUACCCAAUCCUUGAGUGUUUACUCGGGUGCUGCCGAAAACGUCGUUGUCGGAGCUGGUAUUGGUGCUUUGGUCGCCGGUGUAGCUGUCGCUCUCUUGUAA